UUAAUAACCAAAUGCUCCUCCCGCACUUUCUUCAUCGACUUUUCAUUACGGCUAUUCCUAACUCUGAUAACCGUCUAAAGACUGACAUCAGGUGGCCUUCGCUGAAUCACAAGUCCCGUAAUCCAACAGGCUGUUCUUGAGACAAAAAUGAAACCAGCACUCAAAGGAUGGCAUCCAGGCGAGGUAGAUCUGCAGCGGAAACUCGGUUUCUCUGAUGCUAUGCGGGAUAAAUGGGCUAGUGUUAAAGAUGCCAUGAGUGAACAGCACCGUAUCUUCCAUACGUCGAACCUGCACUUUAUCCCCAUCACUACGCUAGACGACCGUGGGCGACCAUGGGGCUCACUACUUGCUGGAAACAAUGGGUCUAUUGGCUUUGCUCAGAGUCCUAAUGACACUACACUCAGUCUAGAUGCUACUGUAUGGAAUGGCGAUCCGCUAUUGACAACGGUUUCAGCCUUUGCGGACCAGGAACACCGCAAAAAUACGGAUAAAGAGAGAUUCUUGAUUGCCGGAAUCGGUGUUGAGCAUUCUACAAGGAGACGGAAUAAGUUUGCUGGUCGGCUUAGAGGUAUCAGACAGAAGGAUGAUACUACUUACAGGCUGGAUUUAGAGGUUACCCAGGCGCUGGGGAAUUGUCCAAAGUACAUCAACGUUCGUAAUUUGGUACCGCAUGCUGAUACGCAUCCUGUCGUUGUAUACCGUAAUAUGGACAUGGCAGCUUGCGACACACUGCCAGAAGAAAUCGUCAAGUUUGUCACGGAAGCUGAUACAGUAUUUCUGUCAUCUGUUUACAAAUCUACAACCCAAAAUAACGGAACAAAUCCCUCACAUGCAGGAAUGAAUAUUCGAGGCGGACUACCGGGUUUCAUUCGAGUCGACCCUUCUGAUGCUCGCACAGUCGUAAUUCCUGACUACUCGGGGAACCGGUUUAUGUCGAGCCUAGGGAAUAUUGUAACCACGCCUGUGGCAGGGUUAACUAUUGUUGAUUUCAAGACCGGCGACGUGUUAUACUUAACCGGUACAGCGCAAAUCUUCUCCGGCCCUGCGGCAAUGGAAAUCAUGGCGAGGCAAGCGUGCCUCACGACCAUCAAGAUAACAGGCUACACCUUAGUACGCGAUGCAUUGCCAGUACGACAAGAGCAAGGAACACCAGUGGAGAAAAGCCCAUAUAGCCCAAAAAUAAAAUAUUUACGUGCUGAACCGGAAGGGCUAUCUGGCGCAGCAGGUAAUGGGCUUAAAGCACGAUUGGUUUAUGCGACACAAUACGCUAGUGAUAUCGCAAUUUUUCGAUUCGAUAUUAUCAACGCAUUCGGUGAUUGCGCUGGGUUAACCAUACGCCCGGGUCAGGCGGUCGUGCUCGACUUCAUGGAUUGGAUGGGCCCGCCGACGUAUUCACACAUGGCAAACGACGCUCCCAGCUCCAUAAAUGACGAUCGAGUGCGCACUUGGACUGUGUCUAGCGCGUUUCAGGAUGGAGAUUCUACUUGGAUUGAGAUGACAAUGCGUGAAGUGAAGAAAGGCGCGGUGACUGGCUCCUUGUUUGAUAUUAUACGCGAGAAUACCGGAAACAAUUGGGGCGAAAGAGUACAAUUAAGUGCAAAGAAUAUAAUUGCAGAUAUUGUAGGGGUCACUGGCGACUUUUAUCUGGGAACAAAUGAGGUUCGAAUGCUUUGGGUAGCUGGGGGAAUUGGAGUCACGCCCUUCAUGUCUAUGCUUACUGCAAUCAUCCAAAGAGGCUAUGGUAGCAAGGCUGAUAUUGUUCUUGCCCUUGCUACCAGAGAACCCGAAGUUUUCAUAAAGCUUAUCAAAACAUCACUUCCCAGGGCUUUGCCAAAAGUCCGGGUCAGAAUUGAUGUUUUUACGAACGAGGAAGAUGCCCAGACCCAUGGACUGGAACAGAUGAAUGUGGAUCUUUUUUUCCACAAGGGUCGUAUCUCAAUGGAUUAUUGGCCAACUGUUACGGAUGGCCGUGACGUUUUUAUUUGUGGUCCAGGAGGGUUUGGCGAUGCAGCAGAAGCUGGGAUAAGAGCCGCAGGGGUACCAAAUCACAAGAUAUAUAGAGAAGGCUUUUACUGAGGGAGGAAAUGGGACUUUUAAUUUCAUUUUCUUUUAAGUCGUAUCCUAACAAAUCAAUGCCU